AUGGACAGUGGUAUCUCGCGCGAAACGACAGAAGGCCUGAAGAACGAUCAAGAAGUAGAAGAAGAUGAAAGUGAAAACGAUGAAAUGAACAAGUCGGCGGACGGACGGGCGGGUGCGGCGCGCUGCUUUGUGGUUGUCGUCGUUGUCCUUGUAGCGGUGAUAGCGGCGGCGGCGCAGAGGAGCCGAAAGAUGGAAAGGGAACCGCCGAGUGCGAGCUCCCUGCUCUGGUAUAUGCUGACGCCCGUCCUGUCCAGAAAAAAUGAGUGGUGUGAUUAUGGCGCGCGCGGCGGUGAUAAUGUAACGGUCGGCGGCGGCGGUGGUGUCGUUGUCGUGCGUGGUAGUAGGUAG